AUGUUUUUACCAAAUAUGGAAAUUCUGGCUUGUUUAUUAACGCCAUUUGUUCUACUAAUUUUUAUUGUUUAUCCUAUAGCGCAAUCAUUGAUUUAUAAACGAAAGGUUGCGACAUAUAAAGAAAUUGAAUACAAUCCAAAAUUUGAUUCGGAACUACCACAAAAAGAAGGAUUAAUAUUCAAAGAUUCACCACCAAAAGCCAGUGAACCACUCGAUGGAUGCUUAAAUAUAGAUGAAUUUGCGGAAGUUAUGAGAGCAUUGGCAGAAUACAAAGGAAAUGAGGAAGAAUCGAUAAUUAAAACACCUGUGGAAGCGAUCACAUAUGUGAGCUAUGAAAUUCACGAAUCAUUAGGCUUUGAUUAUGCUGUGAUUACACGUAUUAAGCCAACUAAAUUUGAAAGUCUUCUAAUUCGUAUGAUUGAACAAGGGCCAGGAUUCUUUGAUAUUGAGGGAGCAGAGUUAUAUGAACUCUUAUCGGAGCUAAGUGAAAUUUUACGCACAGAAAGUUCACUUCUAGAAAUAACAGCCGAUGUUGUCAUAAUCGGCGAACUCCGUGGACGAUACUCUGACCUAUUACGUUGGUUCCAAUUAUACGGUUACCCACCAAAACGUCGAUAUCUUUUUCUUGGCGGUAUUAUUGAUGAAGAAUGUGCUGAAUCCAUUGAAACACUUACUUUUCUGGCAGCAUAUAAAGUAACAACACCAAAUCAUAUUUAUAUGAUACGUGGAGCGACGGAAUUUUUUUCUUUUGAAAUCCGAAAGCGCUUUCCGGUAAAGCUAAGCAUUGUGCUAUCAGCCUUUAUCACACGAAUCUGUUCUGAAAUGCCUAUCGCUGCAACGAUUGGCAAUACAAUUUUUGCCGUGCAUUCCGGUAUCAGUCCGCAGCUAAAAAAUCUCGAAACAAUAAAGAGAAUUGAAAGGCCACCACUGAAAUGGAACUAUGGAAUUCUAUAUGAUUUAAUACUAGGAAUGCCGACAACUGCUAUUGAAACAUUCCAAAAAAUCAAAGGUGGCCGAGGCCAUAUUUUUGGUGAGAAAGCAAUCCAGGAAUUUAUAGAACGAUUACAAAUGAAGUUGAUUAUACGUACGCAUACGCCAUAUGAGAAGGGCCAUUUUAUGUUUGCAUCUAAACAACUGCUAACCAUUUGGUCUAGCAAUUGCAACAACGUCAAACUAGCCACGAGCUUAUAUAUUGAUCCUCAGUUGCACGUCAGUGUACAUUGCAUGACACCCGUAAUUGUAAAAACCAUUUUUGGACAGUUAACAGAACCGGCAUCGGAUAUGGAAAUCGUGGAAGUAGAAGAGAGGAGCAGACGGAACGGUUUGACAAAGCUCAAAACACUUAAAGAUAUCAACGAAAAGUCUGAAAAGGAUUGA